GUCCAUUCCACACAGGCCGGCCGUCUCCGCCUAUAAAACGCGAGCAAGUGCCGAGGUGCCAAGCAAGCAGCAGCUAGCAUCACAAGUAAUCCGGCCACACACAAUCAUCAUCCGAUCCUAUUGUCACUCUCGCACUUGAAGGUUAAGUUCCAUCCAUGGCGGAGGAGAAGCACCACCACCACCUCUUCCACCACAAGAGGGACGAGGAGGAGCAGCCCGCCGGCGGGUACGGCGGCGAGGCCGCCACCGCCGAGUACACGGAGACCACCGUGACGGAGGUGGUGUCCACCGGCGAGGACGAGUACGAGAAGUACAAGAAGGAGGAGAAGGAGCACAAGCACAAGCAGCACCUCGGCGAGGCAGGCGCCAUCGCCACCGGCGCCUUCGCGCUGUACGAGAAGCACGAGGCGAAGAAGGACCCCGAGCACGCGCACCGGCACAAGAUCGAGGAGGAGAUCGCGGCGGCGGCGGCCGUGGGCUCCGGCGGCUACGCCUUCCACGAGCACCACGAGAAGAAGAAGGACCACAAGGACGCCGAGGAGGCCGGCGGCGAGAAGAAGCACCACCACCUCUUCGGCUGAUGUGUCCAGUCGUCGACUCAGUACAUACGUGUGCGGCGGCCCCACCACAUGUAUAUGAUGAUCUGUCUAUAUACGUAUAUAUGCUGCGCAUCUUAAUUAAUUUCUCCGUGUGCUACUGCUACGUACGCGUGUACUGUAAGAGUGAGAGGCUGAGAGGUGGCCCCGCGCGCCAGCUGUGUGUGUGUGUGUUUGCUUUCCUGGGUAGUACAUAUACAUGUAUACGUGUUGAAUAAGGGGCCCCGGCUCCGUGUAUGUAUGUGUGUAUAUGUUGUAUCUACGAGUGGAAAAUGUGUGCAACUCUGAUUUGCGUAGCUAUACGCAUACUGCUUC